AUGCUGCAAAACACCCUACCAAUCGCAGGACAGCUCCCACAACAAUGCAUUUUUGACCCAAAAUGUCAGUAUGCUAAGGUGAAUCCAUUCUGCAAACAUGGCUCAGGCAUCAUCUUAGCAAAUCCUCUUCUCUUGAGAAGGAAGAGGUGGAGCAAGAAGGACAAUAGCCAGAGGUAUAGAAACGUGUGCAUCUCCUACAGUCAGAUCCAUAUCCAGAAAUGCACAAGAGCCAAGUCUAUGACCAAUCAUGAUAAACGCUGCCCCACUACGGAGGAGCUGCAGAGUCAAUCCCGCCUGACCACCAUGUGGUUACCUCCUCAGUGCUGCUGUUCGAUGCCCUAUUUGACCCCAUAUCCUAUGCCCUUUCCUCACUUGAAACUCCUUCAUUGUGCCCCCUGGAACACAAGGAGGAGGACAGAGCCCCUCAUCAAGCUCUUCAUCAAGGCUGGCACUGAUGGUGAAAGGACAGGAAACUGCCCCCUUUCCCAGAGGCUCUUCAUGAUUCUUUGGCUCAAAGGAGUUGUAUUCAGUGUUACAAUUGCUGACCUGAAAAGGAGGCCUGCAGACCUGCAAAACUUGUCCCUCAGGACCCACCCACCAUCUACAACUUUCAACAAUGAGGUCAAAACAAAUGUAAAUAAGAUCGAGGAAUUUCUUGAAGACAUCGUAUGCCCUCCCAAGUACUUAGAGCUUUCACCAAAACACGCAGAAUCAAACACUGCUGGAAUGGACGUCUUUGCCAAAUUCUCUGCAUAUAUCAAGAAUUCAAGGCCAGAGGCUAAUGAAGCACUGGUGAAGAGUCUCUUGAAAACCCUGCAGAAACUGAAUGAAUAUCUGAAUCCUCUCCUCCCUGAUGAAAUUGAUAAAAAUAGUAGGGAGGACAUUACAUUUUCUAUACGUAAAUUUCCGGUUGGCAAUGAAAUGACAUUAGCUGACCUGCUGCCCAAACUGCAUAUUGUCAAGGUGGUGGCCAAAAAAUAUCACAACUUUGAUAUUCCAGAAAGAAUGACUGGCAUAUGGAGCUAUCUAACUAAUGCAUAUAAAAGGGAUGAGUUUACCAAUACCUGUCCCCAUGGUAAGAAGAUUGAAAUAGCCUAUAGUGAUGUAUCCAAAAAACUCAACAAGUAA